GGUAAAUCUCAGGUGUAUAGUAGUUUGAAGAUAUGCACUGACUAUAACGCAGGAAACAAUUUAUCUCUGGAAUACUAUAAAUUUAUUAUUUACAAUAUAUAUUUGAAACAUCCCUGGAAUAUUUCAUAUAACUAGUUUUGAUUGUUUAUUCUUAUUGGAUAUGGCUUGGAUUUACAAACCAUAGGAAAAAAUGAUCUUCGAGAUCAGAGCGUGGAGUUGACAAAUCAGAUGUGGUUGUUAUAUGUAACUUUUGAGGAUUUUAUAUGUCUAUCAUAUCCAGCAAAAUCAGCGGCAGUAUUAUCAACUCGCGUGGAUAUAAACCAUUAUUUCAAUACAGGACCAUUCUCUGCAAAACGACGUAAAUCUAAAAAACGUCACCGCGAUAGUCCAGAUAAAGCAACCGAAGAAACGUGUGAAGAAAAUAGACACAAACAUAAUCUUGGUGAUGAACAUCUGAAUCAAAACGAGUUGGGACUUCGCAUUGGAGAGGUUAUCUGUGUGCAUCAAAUCGCUAGAAAACGUCGCCUCGGUAGAUCGGUCUCGGACAAUACAUCGUCUGACAAUUCGGAAAACUGUGUGCAUGGUGUUAAUGAUUUAAACAGUAUCAGAUUGGAUAACAUUGAUAUGCCGUAUCGUGAUAGAGAUAGGAUGCAUGAACGUAGAAAAAAGGAUCAGAGAUCUAAUGUCACACUGACAAAGGACUAUGGGUUUGGCAACUCAUGGAGGACCCGUCAAUCUGGAGAUAUAAUUAGAAAUUGUCAUUUAACUGAUCAAUUAGUGAACCAUAAUGGCUCUGAGCAAAGUCCUAGGAACAAAAAUCUACCCGACAAUAGAGUAUGUCAGCGUGAUAAUCCGGCAUUGAAAAUAACAAAUGGGUGUUUAAACCGAACAGCUGAUCACUGUGUGGGAUUUAGUCCUCUUAAUGCUUAUCCUCAGGAGGAGAUCCAUAAUAAUCAUUUAAAUUUAAGUUGUAGCGCUACUAAUACUCCACUCUCACUUAAUUUGACAAACGAUUUGGAUCGCCGUAAUAAUAUACUAAAUGUUUCAGCUUUUAAUCCAGGGGACUCAAAAAGUGCAAGAUUUCGCCUGAAGUUGGACUUAAAUACUAGAAAUAAACCAAAAAGCCCAAGAAGGAUAUGUUCCAAAGAAGAACUUAGUGGUGCAACUGGAAAUUCUGACCUGACACGGUCUGCAUCAUUUGAUAAUGUGAUUACUCCAGAUAAAGAAAUGCCGUCCAAAGCACUUUCGUGUGAAUCUUCUCCUGUAACGAUAUCUAGUGGAUACGAAAGUGAUUCCCUGCCGACAAACGAAGCCGAUAUAGACAAUAUAUUUGUCCAGGGAAAGAAAAAACAAAGCAAUCGACCUGUUCCUCCAAUGGAAUUACCAAUAGACUAUUUUUCAAUGUCAGACAGUCAUCCAUCGCCCCACGGACAACCCAUCUGUACAAGUGCAAUUGUUACACGUAAACCAGAAACGUUUGUGCAAAAUGAAUUGAAUGAACAAUCUCAACAAAAUAAAUCAAUUACAGAGGAGACAGGACCACCGGUGCAGACACAUCAAGAGCGAACGGACAAUCAAACUCCAACCAGGUUCUCCCCCGCACAAAUAAACAAUUAUCAACUCACAAAAGUCGCGCGUUCAAUGUUUGAGAUUAUACAUGAUUUACAGGCUGAAAGGGACCAGGAAAACAAAAUGAAAUCUCGGAAACUAAAGCGACAUGUACAAUGGCGAAAAGACAGGCCAGAUGUUUUAAGAAAACCUGUCAGAAACAUUGAAAAUGAAAGUGGUGUUAAUACAAGCGUAAGUCAACAGGAAAAUUGUGAACAAUCUCGUGAAAACUUUCAACCCGCCCCCUUGUCGUCACAAGGGAAAGUGUCCGUUAGAUGUUUGAGGCGACCUUUGGGGAGUGAUCCUUCGUUUCAAAAUAGACAAUUUCUACCUCAUAGUUCAGAGUUUGAUAAAACUCUUGAAUUUCCUGCAGAGUUUUGCAGAUUCAACAAUUCCGCUUCUUAUCCAGAAUUUUCAAGACAACUCAGUGAGCCAGAGAUAAGAUCACGUGAUAUUCAUUCAGAAAAAUUUCAAAUGAAUCAUUCAUUUGAUUCCAGAGAUAAACGACAUCAAAUUGUGUUCGAAGGUUGUGCGCCAUAUGCAACCACAAAACUGCCAGGUUGUUCCCCGUAUGCAACAACUCGAUUGCCUGGAUGUCACACGCCACGAAGGGAUGAUAAAGAUGAUCAUGUGUAUGAAACUAUUCCUGGAGAUGAUCUUCUGCAAUAUGAGGAAAUUUUAAGAAUGAGGUUAAAUGGGUUGCUUCCGCAUAAAUAUCACCCUCCAGCUUUACCUGCAAGAAAUAUAAAUGACAGAAAAAUGUCCGAGCCUCUUCGAACAGACUUCAAUGCAAACUUUCGUUUGCAACAACACAAUAUCCAAUCUAAUCCACAUUUCCAACAAAAUUUGCAGAAUGACAUUAACAUAAUUUCUACCUCAAGUAAUCACCGAAAUCAUCAAAUCAGUAAACCCAGAUCGUUCUCAUAUGAUCCAUCAGACCCUUCGAAAACCGUUCCGAAUGAACUCUUAUCGAGGUGGUCAGCUGCCGACUUGCUAAACUAUAUCGAUGGUAUUCGACAGCCUCCACCGAAAAGAAGAGAAAAUUUCUAUUUCUUAUUGGAUAGUAAACAGAAAAGAGCAUGUUUUUCAGAGUCCCUCGAGAUAGAAAAUAAAAUAAAAGACAUGGGAAUAAAUUUGGACGAGAGCAGACGUUCACAUCAGGAUGAGGACGGUUAUACCACAGUGGAUAAUGAACCUUCUGAAGCGCCGCCUUUUUGUGGGGGUUUACACAACAUGCAAUCAACUUAUGUUUGACCCAUUAUUACGUGCAAUCAUGAAUUCUUUUUAACUGCUUUUGCAUGAUGGACCGAAUUUUUAUAUAACAUUCGGCUAAAGGUGCAAGAUUUGAUCUCAAACAAAUGUGAAAAAUGGGCUCUUUACAUACUGUUGUCGUGUAGAAAGUGCUAAAUGACUGUGAUUGUUAAUACUUUAAUUGUUGUCUGUAUUUGUGAUAAUGUGAAAGUUGUGUUGAAUUAUUUAAUAAUUGUAUUUAAAUAUACAAACAUUAAAAAUAGAUAUUU